AUGGAUCGUCGACUCGCCACCUAUGUCAACCAUGGCCAAGCUAUUAUCGUGGGACUAGAUUUCCCAACAUUAAUAAGACAUAACUCGACGACAACCCCAGACCUCGUUAUUAAGAACAGAUACGGGAACUUUAACACACAUCUCUCACAAGGCAAAAUAACCACCAUUGACCACCUGCCAGUACAAGCUAUCAUAUCCACAUCACCAAUAAUGAUACCCAAACAGCCAACCAAAGACUACAAAAAAGCAGACUGGGAAAAAUACAAAGAGCAUCUGAGCAACACAAGGACGAUUCAGCUGCAUAAUAAACCAUGCACCGAGAUCGAUAAAGCGGUGGAACAAUGUGAAAAAGAAAUACUCGCAGCAAAAGAAGACUGUAUCCCAAACAAAGUCUUCACCACAAUUCCCCAUCACAAAUCAAAUCAUCACCUUAACGUCUUAAAAAACCUGUAUCAAGAAAUCAUAAGACGAAGAAAAGACCCCAAGAUAUUCUGGAAUAAAAUAAGGAGAUUGAAAGGAAAUGACACCCCAACUAGCCCAUACCUUCUUAAUCCCCAGAAUGAGAGGAUUUACGAAGAAGUUGAGAAAGAGAAAUUACAUAACACGUUCUGGUCCAAGGCCUUCAAAAUAUCCGACGAAGAGAACCUUGACUUCGUCGAUCAGUUCGAAAAUGUAAUUCGCAGAGAUUUUGCAAGAUUUCCGAGAAAACUCGUCCCUUACCAAACCAUAAACCUCGGGAUGCUAAAUGACAACAACCCUCUAACAGCAAAAAUAACACAAGCAGAAGUGAAAGAAGUGAUUUCAAAAAUGAAAGACAAGGCGCCAGAAAACUUCAGGCCCAUAUCAUUGCUGGAAAUACCUAGAAAAGUUCUCGAAAGGAUAGUCAACAGCAGGCUAAUGACUUUUCUCGAAAAUAACAUCUUAAACACAAACCAAUAUGGCUUUCGCAGAGGGAAGGGCACCGCAACACCAAUUGCAAUCGCUUAUGAACAAAUCGGACAGGACCUUGCACAAAACCACCAGUGCAAUAUCAUCAUGAGAGAUGUGUCAAAGGCAUUUGACAAAAUGCCAGAACCUAUCACCAAACUCUUAUGCAACUUCCUCGAUGGAAGGAGAGCAUAUAUCAAGAUAGGCACCCAUGCCGGCAACCCCAUCAACCUCAAAAGCGGGGUACCACAAGGAAGUACCAAUAAUAGAAUAUCCUCCUGUGCCUCUGAUCACAGCUUCAAACACAAAAAUGCUUAA